UUCGGAAAAGAAAAAAUUUCUACGGGCUAGAACUUUUUCAUUUCCGAUUUUACAGGAUUUUCAAUAGCAUUCAAUUCAAUAUGAAUAUACGUUACAUAUAGUUGCAUCGAUCGUGCGUGUACUAAGAAUAUGUAUGUAUAUUUGGUGUGUUAAUUGAUAUACGGUAAUUAUAAUAUAAUUUUGAUGUUAAUCUUUUUUAUACCUUGUUACUUUAAUUUUCUCCAUUUUUAUAUUAAAAUUAUUUCAUAAACAUUAGACUAAAAUAUGUGAUAUCGUUAUAUGUUAUUACAUCUCACUUAUAAAUAUAUAAAUAGUCGCAACAAAAUAUAUCAAAGGCGAGCUUGAAUUACUAUCUAAAUGUAUUUCAAUUGUGAAGUUAUUAAAUUUUCAAUUUCGAUUUAUAACAUGUUUUUGUAUUAGAAACUACAACACAAAAAGUAUUAUAUAAAGUAAUAUUGUAUAUUUUGCUGCAGACUAAUUUCUUCAAAUCAUUAAUGGUCUAAAACAAUAAUAAUACAGAAGCCUUUCAAAGUAAAACAUCGUCCAAGCUAAUGACAAUGAACAACGACACAUACCUGUGUUUAUGUUUACAGAAAUUCCUAUAGUUCGCCGAAAACAAGUUUUCAUUACAUGUUAGACAAGCGAAACGUAAGGAGUGUAGGAAAAGCAGACCUGAACCGUGCUUAAUUGUAUUUGGCCUCAUCGAAACGAUUGACAUCGAAGUUUAUAUACUAGAAUUCUCCGUUUGCUAUUUCUUCACGCUAAAAAAUUAAUAACACACCAUACGAAAAGGCAAUUGGCGACCUGAUACGAGGAGCUAUUCUUACCUAAAAGGAGCAAAAAUGUAUAAAUACAUGGAGAAUUGUAGACAGAACCUGGCGUCAGAAUUACGAAAUUCUGGAAAUCCUGAUGCGAAACCUUUGGAUAUGCAGGGUAUCGACAUUACUGAUACAUUCCAGGAAGUGUUAGUAGCAUCACAUGAAGUGAUUGCGCAGAAAAAAAAACUUCGUGAAGUGACAAACAGUUCGGUGACUAUAAUAGAAGAGAAAUUAAGUGUUUUAUUUAAGAAGGUAAAAGGUAAAACCGACUCAACAGAGACAAGCUUCAACGAUAUUAUAAGACUUGCAACAUCUUACUGUAACAUGGGUAUUGUGUACAAGGACGUGACAUCAAAAAAUAAAUUAGUGGUGGCUCGAAGUCAUUUGAAGAAAUGUUUAGAAUUAUUAAGUGGAAAAGAAAUGGACCCUAGAGCUAUUUUGCUUAUUAUGAGAGCGGUUGUGCAACUGGAACAUGUUUUCCGUCAACUCAAUGUAGCAGAAAAAAGUUGUUCAUUCUCACAUAAAGCGAUCGGUUUCUAUCUCGAAUACACAAGCCAGGGAAGUGAAUUUCCAGCGCCUAUCGUUUCACGCCUCUCGGUUAGUCUUGAUAUUGAAGAAUUGCGCUCAAAUACAAUGUUAUCUUUGGUAAUGUUAUAUUCGGAACUUUUACCCCACAUCAAGGAGUGUGAGCGCGACAAGUGGGAUCCAGAAACUCUUGUAAAACCUAUACAUAAUUUUUUCAUGAAUCAGUGGUCAGAUGCGUUAACGAGUCCAAUAGAAGCAUGUGCGUGGGCUUAUGCGACAAUUGACUUUUCGAACUAUUUCACACGACACUUCCGCUUCCCAGAUGCUUUAAAUUAUCUCGCUGCUAUAAAGUAUAUCUUAGAUGCAUAUGAAGAUUAUACAUGUAAAUAUUUUUCUGCUAUAAUGUCUUUUGGUGAUUUUCUUCUUUUGGAGGGGCAUUAUCUUACAGUAUGGGGCCUUUAUUAUAAAAAUCUUUUGUUUUUUUCGAAAUAUAAUUUCUCGUAUAGUAAAUACGUCAAGGGUCGUAGGGCAAAUAAAUCGAAAUCAAAGCCUUCUAUUGGGUCCGUGUCAUCUACGACAUUAUUAUUCACGAACUUGGAGGAACAUGUAAAAGAUAUUGUCAGUGCGAUUCCCGUUCAUAUAUCAAAGCUCGAUGAUGCUUUAACGAUUUACGACUAUUGCGUGAAAUAUUAUAAUAUGGCUAAAAACUAUUUUGUUGCAAAAGACUAUGAAAGUCAGUUUGUAAUAAUAUCAUCAAAUGAAAUCGACGCAGGGAAAUAUUUAACGGCUUACUUUGUGGCAGACAAAGACACACAGCUGCAACAUUAUAAACAGCGAAUAAGAAUUUUAACGGACAUGAAAAAUUUGAUCACAUCUGAACAGUUAAAUAGUUAUACUAUGUUUUUUAUACAGUAUAAUUUUGAACUGAUACGUAUUUAUGGCAUUGUUUUAGACAUGGUAUUAAAGGAUGCAGAAGUCACUGAAAAACGAUUUGAGGACAUAGACACAGAAGUGCGUACAUAUGUGAAAAAUAGUGUAGAAUAUAUUAAAAUGUAUGUAGAAAUGUUGGAUAAGUUAGUACUACUCGGAAAAAAAGAAUAAUAUAGGAUACGAUCCAUUCCUCAAAACUUCGUUUGUGUAUCAAUUGUUAUUAUAUUAUUAUUAUUAUUAUUAUUAUUAUAACUAAAGAAGAAUUUCUUAGAGAUCACUGGACAACUUUAUGGACAUAUAAAACGGAAGUGCAUGACUAUGUGAAAGUAUAUGAAGUAAUAUAGAAUGUGUUAUAAAGUGUACUUGGAACAGUCGCAUGUUAUAUUCGAACCUCGGUUCGAACCAUUCAGAAAAGAAAGUUUAACAUGGGACAUGAUCUAUUUUUAAAAACAUGAAAUGUAUCAAUGUUUAUUAUAGUCAAAGAAAAAUUUAUUAUUAUAGCCAAAGAAAUAAUUGGAAUCAGAAAUUCUAUUGCUUUCUAUUUUGACGAACAUGUGCAGAAAUAUAAUUUUCUAAUACAUGAUUUAUAGAACAUAGUAUAUAAUAUACCAUGCAUGAUAUUAUAUGACAUAUUGUAUAUUGAGCAGUACAAUUUAUAUGUAUAAUAUAUGUAUAUGUAUAGGUGUAAUAAUGUAUAUGUGCGUAUAUUUUUGGUUGAAAAAUAUAUAAUACAAAUUUAAAAUAUCAAGUUUCAAAUAUACUACAGGGGCGCCCUUAUAUAUCCUGCUUGAUAAAAUUCUUUAACGCAGUUGACAGUAAAUGAAUUCACUAAAAAGGGUAUUAUACUGAAGAGGAAUUCCUAGAUCGAAGGAACGAAUCACGGAAAAAUGACGAGUUUAUAGAAGAUUGAAAUACAUAAAGACAAUCAUUAAACGCGCGACGAACGGUUCGUCUCCAUCUGUUGGGUUGGGUCGCCAUUCAUAAAGUCAUCGCAAAAAUGUCAUGUCAGAGUUCACGAUCCAUCCACGUUCUUCUCCAAGGAGCCACGACCGGAAUAACUGUUCAAGACGCCGUUUAAUUUGUGACUUACGAGAAAUUGAACGUUUACUGUCGUUGCCACUUCAGGCGCAUACGAUAUGCCACAUUGACUUCUGACCGCUUCGUUUUUGACAUCCCAGCGUUUAUAGCACGAAAUGCGUACGAUUAUCCUUCAUGUAUAAAUAAUUAUACGGGAAGCGUUUGGUCGACUCUCGAAUAGCUGACGAAAUUGGGGUCGUCGGGCGAAAGGACGUUGAAAGGUGUGACGAGAGGUGCCGAGAAGGAAAUACACUGAAUGCCGAGGAAACGAAGCACCGAGUUCUAGCCAGUCGGCUGGGGAAAAAGAUCCUUGCCGAUAGCGUGUCUGGAUGGAUUGACGGAAAAAAGUACAGCCGUUACGUCAAGCACGCACGGCAAUGCAGUGUCGAUUAUCUGGUGUAUAUCAGCGCGGCGAUCGAUCUCGGGAUAGACAUCUCGAGACUUUGAUUCGUGCGCUUGAUUAAUGACACUUUAACACAGAUCAGGCUCGCAUCCCUUUGGCGAGCAAUUACUCCUUACUUAUCUGUUCCGAUUGCUCUCUUUUAUUAAUUUCAUGUAAAUUUAUUCGCAUACAUCAAUCUGGAAGAUUGACGUGUGUAUUAAACAUCUUGUUACAAAUUGUUCAUCUUGUAAGGUGUAAGAAAUUAUUCUUGCUCUUUCUUUCAAAAUUCGUAAUUUAUUUAAAGAAUCAAAAUAAUAUAAUUCAAAUUUUGGAAGAGAGAAAGAGAAAGUUUUCUCUAUUGUAUGAAUGACUUUGUGCCAUUCGUAUGCGCGUUUAAUUUUAAUUUUGAUUUUAAUGACAUGUUUCGGGUAAUACGUAAAUUCAACUACAAUAGAAAUUAAGUGUACUUUCAGGCAUUGAUAAUGACGCUAAACUACGGCUGAAUAUAUUGCAGUAGCUUGAAUCUUCAAAAUAAAUCAAGCAAUACUAAAACAAAUUACUUUUCCUUUAUUAUUUUUGCAAUGUUCUAAAUAUUUAUCUGUUGAUAUAAUUUUUUACUAUUACUUUUGUCGUUUACUAUAAUUUUUGUUUUUGCGAGAAACGUGCGUUUUUUAAUCAAAUAGUAGUAACAAAACGAAAGUAUAAAAGUAGUAAUAAAAUUAAUAGAUAAAGUUUAGAAUACUGCAGAAAUGCCCAGACCGAAAGCUCGGAGAAAAGGUUCAAGUUCGAUAAUGUUCGAUUUUCGCCGAUCGACAUGGAUGGUAGUCGCAAACCGAUUCGAAGGUCCGCGUCGGACCUUCGCAGAGUCGGGAAAAGUCCGGUCGCUUUACUGGAAACCGGAGCUCUGCUUUUUUGGCCUUUUCUCGAUGCUCUCCCUGGCGAGCGCUGUCCAGCGCGUCUGUGCAGAUUGGCAACCGGUUUUCCGGUUGGCCUCUCCCAACCGAUUCCUCACUCCCACUCUCACUCCCACUUCUGUUUCCCAUUCCAGAGUCGCGCGCAUUCUCCAUACCUCACACCCUCAUCCCUCACACAGUGCCGUAAUUCUACGGCGCCAUGCUAUAUCUUUAUCCACAUUUGCGCUCCCGGAAAUGAAUAAUUGGAUGAGUAAUCGAAUGAAAUGAGCAACAUAGUCUGCAUUGUAUAAAACCAUAUAUGUAUGUAAUUGAUUAAACUCUCCAUAUAGGUAUGGAAUUGAUCUGAGUGGAUCUGAAUCUGAAUAUCGCAUGACCUGAACUGGAUAUUCUUCAGAGAUGCGCUAGAAAAAUCAUCAGUGAGAGGACUGGUGCUGAUCGAACAUUUCCGCUUGUGAUUCACUUUCUCAUGUAUAUCUGUGUACAUGUGUGCAUAGCAUAUAAGCUACUUAAAUGCCAGUGGAGCUUAAAUGCCUGCAACUUUCUAUUAUUUAUAAAAAUAUUUUUUUCUACGAAGCAGACAACUACGAUCUAACUUUUACGCGAAGGGCGUAGAGAUAAUCGUACUACUAUUUUUUCCACGAUGCAAAUAAAGGGUGAUUUAAACUAACAGAAGAAUGAGAUCUUUCUAUCGAUGGAGCCUUCUGUUACAGAGAUUCCUCACUUUUUCAAGCAAUAUGCUUUUUGUAUAAUAAUUCAACACAAAAUUACAAUUGAUAGCUGCACUGUGUUAAAGCGUGGUCUUCGUGCAACGUUCAAGUGUUUAGUGUUUUUCAUUUUCUCUUCACAUUGAAAGAGACACUUGAGACGCAACGGGUCUCGGCACUUUAACGGAGGGCUUACAGCUUCCUGGCUACGCAACUGUCCGAUCCUUCGCAUCGCUCUCGUUAUUCCUCAUUCCUGGCCAUGUGUUUGAGCGCGAUCAGAGCGGAAAGCAGGGACGAACUGAUGGAACUGUUUUGCCCUACUCCUUUUCCCCUCGAUGCGAGUGUCUUUCUGAUAGAGCUCCGUGCGGUUUCCAGGAUAUCCAUUGCGCGGUCUGCCGAUAAUAAUAAAUAAAUCAACUUCAUGGCCCGUUCACGGAUAAGAAUUCCACGGACAACGGCCGACGCGCAAAAACGCGCUAGGAAGCGAAUGGUAUCGAAACCGCGAAAAAUCUCAUUAUCCUGGAACAUGCACGAACGCGGACAGAUGUUUCAUCUUAAUGUUCCGGAGCCGCGCCUCAAUUUUCUGCAUGACUCCGUUUUCUCUCCUCCCAUUGCCGAUUUUUUAAAGAUCCACCAUCGUGCUCCGCUUCGACCGUGGCGACCACACACGCGGAAAAGAGCAAGAGAAUAGCUCGUCCGUCCGCAGAGCGGAAUACUUGCGAUUCACAUUUGUGGUCAAGUAAUUAAGCGCGAUAAUAGCCAUGACAGCGAUAAAAUAAGAGGAUAGAGUAGACCGUAACAACGGUGAGCUACUUAGAUCGAAUUUCACCUUCUCUUUCCUCGUGGCCCUCCCAUUCACACAAGCACACAUGCGUACGUGCACGCACAUUUGCCGCAUGAACGGAUCGAGACGCUUCAGUACUCCGUGUAAGAAUGAUGAUUUUCGGUGAUAAUUGUUUUUUCAUUUUUAUGUACAGUUUAGAAAUGUCUAUCAAAUCAUGUUUGAAUAUGUUCACUGCCAGUUGUAUUAAGCAUGUUAUUAAGCAGGAUGUAAAGGCUUUUAUUUUUGGUUCCAAACAUAUUAUUUUGAACAUAAAUUAAAUAUCCGUUAAUUAAAAGUUUUAUGUGAAUUUUAAAAUUUUACGUGAUUAUUAAAAAACAGUUCUGUGAAAACUUUAUUAAAUAAAGAAGAAACAUAUCUUAAUGCUUUGAAAUCAUACAUCAAAGAAAAAGAUCAAAAUCAUUUUAAAUUACCUAUAACCAUUGUUAUAAAGAUUAUUAAAGUAAAAAAAAGAAA